ACAAAGCGCUGUCAAGGUGGUUUGCCAAACGCCAUUAAGUACCAACGAAGAAGUAGCUCAGUGACGUCAGUUAGGCGCGACUCGAACCGUGGCUUGGAAACGCGUGCUCGGUUACGCUCAACACGACCCGUCGUCGAAAGCACUCGCGACAUGGGCGACAACAGCCGACCGUGCACCGUGUGGCUAGGCUCGGAAACCGGCAUCCUGAAGGGCGUCAACGUCUCCCGCAGACAAGCCUUCAACUUCGGCCACAACUCGCAGCUGAGCCGCCAGCAUGAGGUACGGGCGCUGUGCUGGGCCGACCCGGCCGAGAGCGAGCUGCUGGUCGCCGCCGUGGACGGAACCGUCAAGACGUUCAGCCUGGAGAAGGGAGCCUUCACCGACGCGCGACGCUGCGGCGACCCGGUCGAGGACGGCUGCUUCGUCGGUGUGUCCGUGCUGGAUGAUGGUGUGGCGGUGGUGACGUGCGCCGAGGGCGGCUUGCUUCGAGUCUGGAGGGACGAGAGCGGCGAGCCCUCCGCGGAGAUCCGCGUGGGAAGCGACGUGGCCCGGAUGAGGCAGAACCCGGGGCACAGGCACAAGGUGGCGACCGGCGGAAAGGAGAAUUGUCUCAAGGUGUGGGACCUGGAGAAACCCGACAAGCCCGUGUUCACCGCCAGGAACCUGCGGGACGACUGGUUGGAUCUACGGCGGCCGCACUGGGUCAGAGACAUGGCCUUCAUACCGGGAUCCGACAAAGUGGUCACCUGCACGGGAUACCACCAGGUCCACUUGUACGACCCCUCCACGCCCCAGCGUCGCCCCGUCCUGGAGGCCACCUUCGGCGAGUACCCGCUGACGGCGUUGUCUCUCCCUGCCACGGGGGGCUCAGUGGUGGUCGGCAACACGCACGGUCAGAUCGCUGUGCUGGACUUAAGGAAAGGCCUGGUCCGGGGGUGUCUCAAGGGUCUGUCUGGGGGUGUGCGGAGCCUGCAGUGCCACGCCACGCAACCCGUGGUUGCAUCCUGCGGCCUGGACCGCUUUCUGCGCAUCCACAGCCUGGAGGACCGGCGGGUGCAGCAUAAAGUGUACCUCAAAUCCCGCCUCAACUGCCUGCUGCUCGCCAGCCGACACCUGGAGGAGGCCCAGGACGACCGGGGGGAUGGCGGCCACGAGGUGAAGGAAGAGGACGACGUGGACGAGGUGUGGGACGCCAUGGAGCGGGUGGAGGAGAGAGAGGAGAAUCUCAAGAGGAAAACUGAGGAUGAGGAGGAAGAAGAGAUGAACCCCAAGAGGAAAGCAAAAGGAGCCGAAGAAGGAGAGAAAACGUCCAAAGAGGAACACAAUUCCGACAUGAAAGCACCAGCGGAGGAGAUAAGCGAGAUUCCGGAGAAGAAAAUAUCUGAGCAUCAACAGGAGAAUCCCAAGAAAACAACACCAGAGGUGGAAGAGGAACAACCGCUGAAGAGCACAAAGAAAAAGAAGAAAAGGAAAGCUCAAGCCUGAGAGGCGUCCGGGUUUAGUCAGUGUGUGGGACUUUCCACGUUUGAGCUCCUGGGAGUCAGAGAGUGAUGACACGGACGAGUGAUUGCUCGGAGGGAUUUGCAUAGUUUUGUCAUUUUACCGCAUCGAUUAAAAUGUCACUUUGUCAUUGGAUACAUUUGCAAUAAACAUGAACAGGAAAAUAUAAU